UAGAAAUAGGCAGGAGGGAAAAGCUGCAGUAUCUUGCCGAUAAUUUACCGAGGUCGGCAGCGCCCGAAUAUCGCGAACUUCCUGUUCACAAACACAAGCAGCAGCUUUUCCUUCAUAUUAAUUCUCAAAUCUCACCACAAUAAUCAUGGUCAAACCAUUGUCUUUCAAAGGUGAUAAGAAAACCAAGAAAAGGAAGCGCGUUGAUACUGCAGAAAAGUUUGGAGAUUCAGAAGCCUCAACCUCCCAAGCAAUCGCGAGACCCCAGGAAGAAGAAGCCGCGCCAGAUGAUGAUACUUGGGUGACAGCAGAAGCUGCGGGUGAUGUCGUUGGUCCCGUGGUAUUUGUUUUGCCGUCAGAUCCACCAUCAUGUAUAGCCUGCGAUACGAAUGGAAAGGUAUUUGCAAGCAGGCUGGAGAAUAUGAUUGAGAACAACCCUACCACUGCAGAACCUCACGAUGUAAGACAAGUAUGGGUUGCCAACAAAGUAGCAGGUACGGAGACUUAUAGUUUCAAAGGUCAUCAUGGCAAGUGAGUAUAAUGAUUCGACUACUAUAGUAUUUCGAUGCUAACCAGUCUUUCUCUAGGUAUUUGAGUUGCGACAAAUUCGGAAUCCUAUCGGCGAAUACCGAGGCCGUGUCGCCCUUGGAAUCCUUUCUAUCAAUACCAACAGCCGAUACUCCAGGGACAUUUCAGAUACAAACUCUGCGGGACACGUUUUUGACCAUAAAACCACUUGCAACCGCAAAGGAAAAUGCUUUACCAGAGAUUCGGGGUGAUGCUGAUUCAAUCAAUUUUAAUACUACCAUAAGAAUCAGACUCCAGGCAAGAUUCAAGCCAAAAUUGAAGGCAUCUAAAGAGGAAAAAGCCAGUCAGAAAAUAAGCAGGAAGGAGUUAGAAGAUGCUGUUGGUCGGAGGCUGGAUGAUGACGAGGUUCGGAAACUUAAGAGAGCAAGGAGAGAAGGCGAUUAUCAUGAGGCAUUACUUUUAAUCAAGGUAAAGAACAAGCAUGACAAGUACAGCUGAAAAAAAUAAACAACAGAGAAUACAAUAGGGUCAAUGGGCAAAUUCGUGGAAGAAGGUAUGAUAACUGACAACCGUCGUCACCUUGAUUCGGCAAACUCAGAUGGCGUUAAGGUGGUAUGGAGAUGGGCUACUGUAGCCAGAAAAGCUACAAUAAAUCUUGAAAUUCAAAUAGUACAAUACCUACAGCAUUAUGUGUAGAAACCAACAGUAAGGGAACAACUCGAUCAAUUCAUCAAAGUCCAGUA